AGAUUCACUCUACACAGUGAACUCUAAAACACAGAGAUCCAGCCAUGACUCCUACAGUCACUUCAGCAAGAACCUACUCUGAGGAACACCUGACUCUCACCAACAAGCUUAGAAAGCCACAGGUGGAGAAGUUACGUAGAGAUCGUAUCAACAGCAGCAUUGAGCAGCUCAAGUCUCUCCUGGGUACAGAACUCCUCAACCAGCAGCCUGACUCCAAGCUGGAGAAAGCUGACAUCCUGGAGAUGACAGUUUCUUUAUUGAGCCGCCUGCAGCCAAUCAGCUCCUCUUCCUGCUCUGCACCUACCAAUCAAGGUCACUCCAGGUGUGUCCAAGAGAUGGUGCACUUCCUGUCCAAGGAGGAGAUGGAGACAGAGUCCCAGAGAAGACUGCUGAGCCACUUCCAGAGCCAGCAGUCAUCCUCUAAUAAGAACAACAGGGAGACUGACCUGCCUCAGCUGAGCUCCCCAGCCCAGCACAGCAUCAGUAAAGAGAAGAGUCCAGUCAACAGCACCCCCUGGAGGCCCUGGUAGAGACCUACAGACUGCAGCUCUACUCCGAGACAUGACCAUGUUGGUCAGAGAUUAACAUUACCAACAACAUUAUUGACAAGUGAAGAUGAUGUUCUGUAUGAACAGAACGAUUGCUGAUUUUGAUAUUGAUCAUUACAAUCUGAAGCUUUUUUGGUUACCCACACUGGGUAUUAUUCAUUGAAUCUCUCAGAUUUCCUCUGAUCUGUUCAAAGGUCAACCAAUCUCUUCAGGAUAAUCCUGAAUUUCACACUACAUUUUUGUAGUAUGAAUUUUGAUGUGCAUCUCUGUGAAGUUUGCACCAAUUUGUUUUUAUGUAAACUUACAGUAAGUGAUACAUUAUCACUGUUCCUCCAUGAGGAUUAUUUACCCAAAACAGGUAUCACUGUUAUCAUCUUUCUGUGAUUAUUGUUAAAUGAUCUGUUUUAAGAUUAAUAUAUUUCUCAAACUAUGAAUAACUUUGAAAUAUUUCUAUUGAGGAAUAUCAAGUUUUC